AUGAAGGUUUUCCUUUCGCUGACGCAAUUCAAAAUGGCAGAUUUGAUAGGGACUGUCCACAGCGUUGGGAAGUUGUCACCAGCGAAGAAUAGUUCCAAGGCCGAAAGAUCCAUCCCAUUUACAUUGAGGGAAGAAAGGUAUCAGACGGAACUUCUAUACACUUUUCCACACUUUUAUAUCACAAUUGCUAACCAUUCUAGAGGGCCAGGGACGUCGAAUUGUACUGUAUUGCGUACGGCAGAGUGGCAGAGGAAUUCGCAUACUAGUGGUUACGUCCUCGUGGAGCGGUUGUCCGCUGUAUCCUAA